AUGGCGGAGGCCGGGGUGUCGGCUGCUGAGGUGGUGGCUGAGACGAGGAGAGCCGGUGGUGGGGAGGCCGAGCUCCGGAGCCCCGGGUGGAAUGAGGCUCAGUUACGUUCCUAUCAGUUUCAGAGCCGACAGAUCCCGCGGUUGCAGCACUCUGACCCCAGAGCGGAAGAGCUCAUCGAUAACGAGGAACCUGUAGUUCUGACCGAUACGAAUCUGGUUCAUCCAGCUCUGAAGUGGGAUUUAGACUAUCUGAAGGAAAACAUUGGCAAUGGGGACUUUUCUGUGUACAGUGCCAACAGCCACAAGUUUCUCUAUUAUGAUGAGAAGAAAAUGGUGAACUUUAAGAACUUUAAGCCCAAAUCUGUUAGACAAGAAAUGAAGUUUCCUGAGUUUGUAGAAAAGCUCAGAGACAUAGAACAGAGAGGAGGUGAUGAGAGGUUAUAUCUGCAGCAAACUCUGAAUGAUACUGUAGGGCGAAAAAUUGUGGUGGAUUUCUUAGGUUUUAACUGGAAUUGGAUAAAUAGGCAACAAGCAAAGCACGGCUGGGGCCAGCUGACUUCAAACCUGCUGCUGAUCGGCAUGGAAGGAAACGUGACUCCGGCGCACUAUGACGAGCAGCAGAACUUCUUUGCACAGAUCAAGGGAUACAAGCGGUGUAUCCUUUUUCCACCCGAACAGUUUGAAUGCCUCUAUCCUUAUCCAGUUCACCACCCCUGUGACAGACAGAGCCAGGUGGAUUUUGAGAAUCCUGAUGUAGAGCGGUUUCCUAACUUCCGGAAUGUGGUUGGUUAUGAGACUGUGGUGGGACCCGGUGAUGUUCUGUAUAUACCUAUGUACUGGUGGCACCAUAUUGAAUCAUUACUUGAUGGAGGAAUAACAAUUACAGUUAACUUUUGGUAUAAGGGUGCCCCAACCCCAAAAAGAAUAGAAUACCCACUCAAAGCUCAUCAGAAAGUGGCGAUAAUGCGAAAUAUUGAAAAGAUGCUUGGAGAAGCUCUUGGAAACCCACAAGAGGUUGGACCUUUGUUAAACACAAUGAUAAAGGGACGCUAUGAUUAA